UCAACCAAAAACCAAACACGAUGGAUGGUUUUGAGUGCGCGUGGGACUGCUCACGCCAGUUGUUGACUGUUUGAUGUUUGCUUUAAAUUUGUUUUUUAAGUAGCAAAAGAUGUUUGUUUGGUUAGGUAAUCACUGACUGUGUUUUGCUGUUUCUAUUGUUGCCUCUUCUUUCUCCACCUGGUCCUUUUUCCCUCUUCCCCUCUCUCUCUCCACGGUUUUCUUGCCAUCCAAACAAAUUUCUUCGGUGAUUUUGGAAUUUUAGCUCCUGGGUUUCAUUUUUGUGUUCAAAUGUUUUUUUAUCCAAGUGGGUUCCUGGGUUUUCUUGUUUUGCCUUUUUAAUCUUUGCUUUUUGGGUUUUCUUGAUGGCUAUUUUCACUGACCCAUCAAGAGAUUGAGUUCUUUUCUUGGAUUUUGGAGAGAGAAAAUGAAGGAUUUUGCUGGAACUCCUGGAACCAUCACUGGGCUUGUCCUAAGGAUUUCUCAGUGUUUGUUUGCAGCUGGUUCAAUUACUUCUAUGGCAUCUACUAACAGCUUCUUCAAUAUCACAGCUUUCUGUUACUUGAUUGCUUCAAUGGGUUUGCAAGUCAUGUGGAGUUUUACACUUGCAUUCUUGGACGCAUACGCCUUGGCAAAGAAGAAAGUCGUCCACAAUCAUGUCCUCGUCAGCCUCUUCGUGGUUGGAGACUGGGUUACGGCAACAUUAUCUCUUGCAGCAGCUUCUGCAUCAGCCGGCAUAACAAUGUUGUACUUUAGUGACUUUGGAGGCUGCCAGUCAGGUGGGGAAUGCCAAAAGUUUCAAAUAUCGGUCGUUUUGGCGUUUUUGAGCUGGAUAACAAUAGCAAUAUCAUCUCUAAUUAUGUUUUGGAUUUUGGCAGCUGGAUAGAACCUUUUUUUUUCUUCUUUUUUUUUGUGGUGGCUCAGCCUCUUGUUGAAAUAUUUAUAGUUUAACCCUCCACAUGGCUGUGAAUAUGAAAAGAAAUUAAACAGGAGAGAUAUGGUGAUGCUUGAAACAUGUUUUGGGGUUUCACAAUUAAAGCUUAAUCAGAAAAGUGUGUUUUUGUGUA